AUGCCGCGCCAGCUGUGUCGUGAAGACUAUACAGUAGGAUGGGUGUGUGCCCUGCCCAUUGAACUGGCGGCUGCCCAGGAGAUGCUCGACGAAGAGCACCCCGAUCUCAAGCCCGACGCGUCCAAUAACGACGAGAAUCUGUAUGCGUUAGGAUCGAUUGGUGGCCAUAAUGUCGUCAUCGCAUGUCUGCCCGCAGGCCAGAUUGGCAACAACUCAGCGGCUGCGGUGGCAAUGCAGAUGCGAGCGACGUUCAAGAAGAUCCGGUUUGGGCUGAUGGUGGGCAUUGGCGGCGGCGUCCCAGGCGCGGAAGAUGUCCGACUAGGGGACGUCGUGGCUAGCCAGCCUCAUGAGACGUUUGCUGGAGUCGUACAGUACGGUAUGGGCAAAAAGACACCGAGUGGCUUCGAGCGUACAGGGUCGCUAAACGCGCCGCCGAAGAUACUGUUAGCAGCUCUUGCGCGGGUAAGGGCGAACGAGCUGCGCGGUAGAAGUAAGCUGUUUGAGUACGUUGUUAAGCUAGAGAGUAUCGCUCUGUUUCAGCGCAGCAAGGCUGGGCCCGACGUGCUAUUCGAAGCAGCAUACGAUCAUGAAGCAGACGACCGUAGAGCAAGGCAGACAUGCGACAGGUGCGACCUGAGCAGGAAAAUCACUCGACAUACUCGCGAGAGUACGAAUGAAGUCGUGGUACACUAUGGGACUAUCGCGUCUGGCAACCAGCAACCGUAUGCGGCGGCGACGGCGGCCGCAUACGCCAAGGAAGUGCUGUCGACAAUUCCGCGGGAAGAGGUGGCCGAGUUGCGCACAGCGGAAGAGGCUACAGAACCCAGAAAACGCAAGUCUGAACGCUCUCCUAGUCCUGAUGCUAAACGCAGAAAGGUUGACGGGGCAGAAGACCUGGAGACUGACACCGCAGACCAGCAGAGAUCCACGGCGUCAGUACCACUCUCAUCUGAGCAACAUAAUUGCCUAAGAUCACUCUCUUUUCCGGAGCAAGAACAUCGGUUCCAUGACAUUCAUACCGCCGUAGAUACCUGUGAAUGGCUUUUUGAACAUGCAGGCUACCAAGCCUGGAUGAAAGCAGAUUCGGGGCUCUUUUGGAUCAAGGGAGACCCUGGCGCGGGCAAGUCUGUGCUUAUGAAACACUGCGUUAAGCGAAUGCGCGAGCGCAGCCCAGACAGCCUUGUUGUUUCUUUCUUCUUCCAUGGCCAAGGGAAGCCCUUGCAGAAGACAUUAUUGGGGUUAUUCCGCGCACUGUUAAGCUCAAUUCUCGAACAUUUCCCAGAAAAUCUUGCUCGGCUAGCUGCGAAUUAUACAGAGAAAGAGAAACGUUACGGCAGAGACGCAUGGGAAUGGACCGACACCGAACUCAAAGAAGCCUUGUACAACAUAGUAUCAGAGGCUACUCACCAUCAACGUCUUGUCGUCUUUAUCGAUGCACUUGACGAAUGCGGGGAAGAUCCGGCAAAGAGUUUGUUAGAAUAUCUCAAAGGCCUUACCUACCAGGCAAAAAGUAGGCACGCGAAAUUCAGAGUAUGUCUGUCCUCAAGACACUACCCGAUACUUGCGCUUGAUACUAUACCCUCGGUACAAGUGGAGAAGAUGAAUUGUCAGGAUAUACAAUGGUAUGUCCGGGAGCGAUUGAAAGAGAUCACGCCAGCGCCAAAGCGUGAACAGAUCCAUGCUGAAAUUCUUUCCAAAUCUAAUGGUGGAUCUCAAUGGGUGUUGCUUGUGACCAGAGGAAUAAUUGACAAGACUUUAAUUGGCACCAAAGUAGAGAAGCUGCUCGAAGAAAUUGCCAACUGCCCGGAAACACUGAGCGAAAUGUACGAAACGAUUCUCCGCGGGGUUCCAGCAGCGAAACAGCAUCAAAUGGCAAAGAUCUUCCAAUGGGUACUCUUCGCAGAAAGACCUUUGUCUGCCCAAGAGCUUCGGGAUGCGCUUGCUGCCGAUAAAGACAUGAGUUAUAGGACGGUCCGCGACCUCCGAACCCAUGAAGGUUGGUCCGACACUUUGGUCGAUUUCGAGAGAUACGUGAAGUACAUCUCUAGAGGUCUUAUCUGCUUCCAAAGCCGCGAAUUAUGGGAGCAAUAUGAAAUCAACGCACUAGACUCAGACCGAGAGGCUCAACUUAUUCACCAAUCAGUGGCGGAUUUCCUAACAGAGAAGUUUGCUAGUCUAUUUGGCAAUCAUUUAACUGCAGCACAAUCUUUUAUAGGAGCUAGUCAACUACAGAUUCCAAGGUCUUGUCUUCGGUACAUGAUUUUGGAAGAUAUACUGGAAGAUGCUACUCUUCCAAGAGGUACCAUCUCCUCGAAGUACCCGUUAGCGCCAUACGCCGUACGGUUCUUGUUUACGCACAUCAAGAAAGUUGAACAGGAAGGAAUUCCUCAAUAUGACUUACUUUCUGCAAUGCAAUGGAAGUCGAACUCUGAGGCUAUGCGCAAGCUUGCCACCCUAUGGAGAACUCUCGACCCGAAUAGCGUACACAUGCCUCUCGGGUGGCCAUUUAUCCAAGCGACAGCUUUACAUGUCUCAGUGGCCUUUGGUUCCAUAAGUGCGGUCAAUAUAAUACUAGAGUCGGGGUUCAAGGGGUUUGAAAAAAGAGACGCUGACGGAAAUACACCACUGAUGCUCGCCACGAGAGAUGGCCACCAGGAUAUGGCUUUGACGUUGCUAGAUCGAAUAGUCGACUGCGAGAGCCAUUAUGAACAUCAUGAUCCUGACAAAGAGUGUGGGGUCACGCCUCUUUCAGUGGCACUCGAUACAGUCAUCAACACGCAGAACAACGGCGAUGAAACAGCACUCGAUUUUGCUCUGGAGCACAACAUGGGUGGGGUUGUCCUCAAACUCAUCGAAGCAGGCGUCAAUCUCAAAUACUUAGGGCGAGAGGCCGCAUUGUUGGCUCAUGCUAUCAGCAACAGAAACACGAAUCUUCUCUCGACACUGAUUGAAAAGAAACUGAAUCUUGAUGGUGCCGUCUUCUUCGCACUCAAAGACCAGCUGCCUCGGCGUGAUCUUGUUUUGGAAGGCAUGAUCUUCCAGUUACUCAGCGCCGGGGCCAACACAGCUAGAUCUUUAGAAUCAAACGCUGUAUCUGAAAUCAAAGACUACGAAGAAGGCGUUGAACAGGAGAAAAAUGGCGGAUAUGAUACCGAUGCACUUGCAUUAGCUUCUAGGAGAGGUCUUACUAACGUGGUCGAGAUGCUUUUGCAAGAUGAGGUUAUCAAAAAGUCGCUCUCGAGAGCGCCAUCAUCAGUAGAAAUACAAGACCAAUAUGGCGAUACAGCCUGGAGCCUAGCAUUUCAGGGUAUGGAAUUAGGGAUCAUAGAACUUCUGCUUCGAGAAGGAAGACUCUCAACACCCAAGAAGCUCUCAGAGAAAUUCUUCAUGGAGCUUUCCAAAAAAGAACGGACUCAUUAUAUUGAGAUGAUUCUACAACGGAAGUUUGUAGAUCCCAACAUACAAGACGAAUUUGGAAGAACAGCACUGUCGUGGGCGGUACGACAUGGAGAUGAAGAGACAGUCAAGCAACUUCUAGGUACAGGGAAGGUCGACCCUGAUACUAAGGAUGAAAACGGAUCCACGCUGCUGCUGUUAGCAGCACAACAUGGACAUGAUGGGGUGGUUAAGCAGCUUCUAGACACAGGCAAGGUUGAUGCUGAUGCCAAGGACAAGAACGAAUGUACACCGAUUUUGCGGGCAGCAUACAACGGACACGAGGCGGUGGUUAAGCUGCUACAAGAUGCCAAGGAAUCCGGCAAGUGA